CUGCCGCAGCCGGCUGUCCCCAUGGCCGAGACGGAGGCGCCUGCAGGCAGGACGGGCGGGCGGCCUCGGGAGAUGCCUCGAGGCGGCCGGCCAGGGGUAGGGCCCACCCCCGGCCCGAGGAGGCGGCGGUGGUGGUGGCCACGGCCGGGCCCGGGCCCGGGCAGCACCAGGUACGGCAGGGGCGGCCGCGGAGGGGCAGGGAGCGGGCAGAGCGGGGCAAGCGGCCCUCCGCGGACGCCGCGGACGGCGGGCUCCUGCGGGCACCUGCGGGCACCUGCGGGCUCCGCGCCGACGGCUCUGGCCUCCGCUCGCCAGUGCCACCCCCGCGCCCCCUCCUGCCGUCACCCUCACCUUGGCCAAGGGCACCCGCUGGGGCUGGCCCCGUCUGGCUGCCAGUGUGGGCUGCCCAGCUCUGACUCUUACGCUGGGCGGCCCAGCAGCUGCUGUGACCCCGGGACGGAGAAGCCGUGCGGCGGCUGCCCUGCCCCCGCACCCCUCCUGGGCCCGCUCUGCUUUCCCGGUGAAGCCCCUAGGGUUGGCGGCAAGGCCACCUCAGCUGGCCCCUCUUCUCGGGGACCUGUGCGUCCCACGAGCAUCCCCCAAGGGUGGGCGAACACCCCGAGGGUGCCAGCGAGGGGCGCCGGGGUGCAGUGGGAACCGCAAAUCCAAACCUACGGCGGGAGGAGGUUUGGCGCAGCUCCCGGCACCAGGAGGAGCCCCCGCCUUCUGCUGGGCUGGCUGGGGGUCGGGCAGACAGACCGCUUGGUGGGGCAUGGUGUAGGCAUUCUGUUGGUCCCCCUCGCACCCUCGGGGAGCAGCCCAGGUCCCCCAGCGGGGGCCGCGGCCCUCCCGGCCCCUGCCUCUCCUGUGGUCACGUCCACCCCAGCAGUCUGCGUGGUGAACACACACUUCAGAUGAGAAAGU